CUAAUUCUGUUCUAGACCCUGGAUCUGUCCGACAACAAGCUCACAGAGAUUCCUUGUGAGCUUGCUGAUUGUCCCAAGCUGAAAGAAAUAAACUUCAAAGGAAAUUGUUUAACCGAUAAACGACUAGAAAAAAUGGUGAAUGGAUGCCAGACCAAAUCCAUCUUGGACUAUCUGAAAUCGGGGGGUCGUGGCAAGGGGAAGGGGAAAGGAGAGAGUGCAGAGAAAACAGAGAACAGAGAUAAAAGCAGCAGGAAGAAGAAGAAACCUUUGAAGAAAGAUGAUGAGGAAUCUGAUGAAAUGGAGGAAUUGAACAAAUUAGUGGUGCGAGUGCUGCAUGUUUCUGAAAAUCCAUCCACUGUGUUUGUGAAAGUCACUCCCAAUGUCAAGGAAGUGAGACCCUAUAUUGUGUGUUGCAUUGUGGAAGGAAUGAACCUCCGAGCUGGAAAUGCGUUGAAACGAUUCCUGGUAGCUCAGACAAAGUUACAUGAUGAUGACUGUCAGAAGAGGACAUUGGCAACUAUUGCAACACAUGAUUUACAUUUGGUGAAGGGACCAUUGCUGUAUGAUGCCAGACCAUCCCAAACUUUAAAGAUUACACCACUUGGAAGGAAAGAGAUAAAGGCAGCAGACCUGGUACGGCGAUUACAGACGGAAGCUGAUGAGCAACGCAAACAGAAGAAACGUCAGAACGUUUCUGGCCUUCAUAAGUAUCUCCAGUUACUUAACGGAAAGGAAAAUUUUCCUUGUUUAGUCGAUGCAGAGGAUCAUGUAAUAUCAUUCCCACCAAUCACAAACAGUGACAAAACAAAGAUUAGAAAAACCACCAGUCAGCUGUUCUUGGAAGUAACCAGUUCCACAAACCUACAGACCUGUAAAAAUGUGAUGGACCGUUUGAUUGUGCGAAUGGCAGAACUGAACAAGUUCACCUUUGAAAACAAGGAGCAAGAGUCUGUAUCUGAUGACGAGACUGAAGUGACUAAAGACCUAACUGAAGACCAAGCAGAGACUGUGGAUCUGACCGUGAUUAAGAUGACCAGUCCUGAACUGAUUGUGAGACAAGUGCGGGUUGUGGAUGCAGAAGGGAACCUCAAGGUUGUUUACCCAGCCAAAACUGACUUAAAUGUGGAUGCCCAUAAUGUAACUGUAAUCCGAUAGUUCCCCCACACAAUUUCUGCCACAAUUUUGCACUAUUUACAUUUGGGUUUCCAUUUUUUUUUUAAAUAGUUGUAUAAUUAAUACAUUUUCUCUUGAAGCUGCUGAUUUUGACUGGAAUACUUCCUGGUCUCUCUGUCUCCUUAACUAAUUGGCUACUAUUCAUCCAGUGGCAACUGUACAACUACAGCGGAUGUCACACCAGGCUGUAAACCAUGUUCAGCAUUGUUUUCACCCAUCUCCUCUAGAUUGUACAUUUGUAUUGACUGUUUAGUCUCAAAAAGAAGUCUGUUUAUUUGCAUGAACCAGAAGAGAGUGGAGGGAACACUCCUGACUAUACAACAUGGAUCUUGAGAGGAGGGAGGGAGAGAGCAAAAAUAAGCAAUAUUCCAAUGUAGUAGAACUCAGUAACAUAAACCCAGGAAGCUUCAGCAAACGGGGACACCUUAGUCAUCCGUGGAACAAGCAAAGUAUUUCAACAAAACACUGUUCCAGUUUCCUCUCCUGGUUUUGUAAAUAAAUGGCAACAGUAUUCUGCCAACAUUGUUAAAAAUGCUCAAUUAAUGUUACUGCCGUUGUACAGCUUUCAAACAUAAUCUGAUGUAGUUACUCAUUCAUUUUAUCAUUCUUAAGCUCCAUCCUUUCAGUUCCUUGCUUCAGAAAUUGAUGCUGAGUAAAGUUGUACCUUUGGUCUGUUCCUGCAGCGUUUAACAAUGCCAGCAUUUCUGUUUGAAGGAGCUAGAUUGGUGGUGAUGUCAUGGAAUGAAAAGCUAAAUGGCAUGAAUGUUAAAAUAAAUCCAUUCUGGUUUUGCUGUGUGUAUUAAUAAGCCCAUGCUGGAAAUAAAACAGGCACCAUUGUUAAA